CUGACUUAUUAACUUGCCACCAUGCUACAAGUAGUCUUCUUAGCUAUCUUGUCCCUGUCCUGUAUCCUUGCUAUGCCAGCGUCUCCCACCAACAAUAACAUCAGCCCGUCGGACCGCACAUUUGCAGAGACUUACUUAGACAAAUACUACUUGAUGACAGCAAAAUCAAAGAUUACCUUUGUGGAAAAAAUUAAAGAGAUGCAAAAAUUCUUUGGAAUGUCGGUGACAGGGAGGUUGGACUCAGAUACCAUGACAAUGAUGAAGACCCCUCGAUGUGGAAUGCCCGAUGUUGCGGAAUUCAGACAGUUCCCUGGGAGACCAAGAUGGACAAAAACCCAACUGUCAUACAGGAUUGUGAAUUACACUCCUGAUCUUCCCCGCCCAGUGGUAGAUGAAGCAAUAAGGAUGGCAUUUAAAGUGUGGAGUGAUGUAACGCCACUAAAAUUUACAAGAGUUUCCUCCAGACGAGCAGACAUAUUAAUCCAGUUUGGAGCACGCUCUCAUGGAGAUGGUAUCCCAUUUGAUGGCCCUAAUGGAGUUUUAGCUCAUGCCUAUGCUCCAGGUAAUGGCAUAGGAGGUGAUGCCCAUUUUGACGAAGAUGAAAGAUGGACAAGUUCUAGUGCAGGUUUCAAUCUGUUCCUUGUUGCUGCCCAUGAAUUUGGCCACUCACUGGGAUUAGACCACUCCAGAGAUGCACGAGCUUUGAUGUUUCCAAACUAUCGUUAUGUGAACACCAGAAACUUCCGCUUGCCGCAAGAUGACGUCAAUGGAAUACAGUCAAUAUAUGGGAGAAAAUAGUAGCAGUUCUACACUAGUUGGGUCUUUUAUGUGAAUGUGUCAGAUAAACAUAGACACAUGUUCAGGGCUUUAGCAUGAUGGUCAUUGUAUUGCUAUAUCACAGGAAAAUAUAAUCAGCCAACCCUAAGCAUUUGUUACAUAUGGUAAUGUUUCCCUUAAUAUACCCGCAAGCAGAACCUUAGCACUGAGGUGCAGUAUUAUUAUGAAAGCAUAAGUGAAAUGAGCUGUAGAUAACUAAAGUAUUUUCCUAGAACCCUGAGGGCUGGAGAGGAUAUAUGAGUAGAAAGAUACUUAGGAAAUACUAAAGAAAUGCAAAAAUGAGUUGCCAUCUUGGCAAUAUUGCUAGAGUAACAGCUUAUUUCUCUUUGAGGAUGCACAUUGUUUCCCAACCUGGCUCUCUAGCAUUGGUUCAUCCAUGAUUUGUCUGAAACCAGAUCAAUGUCUUCUUCUCACACAGCUGCCAAAACCCCAGAACAAUAUUAUUUUGCAGGACAAAAAAAAACACCUUUAUUUUGUGUGCGCCUAUAGCAUUGUCUGGAGAGUUCUACAGGACCUGUGAGCAACAUCUCAUUGUGAAUGUAGCUAUGAAUACCUGGAAGGGAUAGACAGUUUGUCUUUAGAAAUGGUGGCUGAGAAUAAGUCCCAUCCAUCAGCCAAAAUUGCUGCAUAAUUACAGUAGCAUGCAAUAUGAAAAAGCUCCAGUAGGUUGUGUACCAAUCACGUUUAUACUAUGCAGGAAUGAAUGAUGCACAAUACAUAAUAAAGACAUUUGUAUCGCUGUGUAA